AUGUCUCUCGACCAGAUUUUGUUCCUGCCCCCUGAACAACAGGAAGCUAUUCUCAAUGGCCCUGCGCUUGCACCCCCUGAGGGCGCCAUCCCUCAAUUCGACAACCCGCCCAACAACAAUACUGCAGCCUCUGCUGCUUUGACGAUUUGCCUAAUCUUAUCAAUACUCGCUGCUAUGAUCCAAUUUUGCUCCCGGGUCUUCAUCGUGAAGGCCGUACGACUCGAAGAUUUACUUGCCUUUGCAGGAUUCGGGCUUUACGUCGGGUACCUCUACAUGAACUACUGGCUACUGAACUCAUACGGCUUCUUCGUUCAUUAA